AUGGAGGAAGAGUGUGAGGAGAGCACGAGCCUCCCCGUGCGGUACCGUCCCGAGUCACCCGCUGCCCUGGCGCGCGCCUCCCGGUUCACUCCGCACGAGAGCAAGCUCAUGUACCGCGGCUUCAAACAGGAGUGUCCCACAGGAAUGGUGGAUGAAGAGUCCUUCAAGAACAUAUUUUCACAGUUCUUCCCUCUCGGAGAUGCGUCGCAAUACGCGCAUUUCAUGUUCAAUGCUGUAAAACACAAGCAUGGAGGCAAAUUAAGCUUUGAGGAGUUUCUCGACACGCUGUCACGGGUUGCACGUGGUUCUGUCUAA